GGGGCACUCACUGCCUGGCAGAGUCACUGAUAUCUCUCCUGUUGUGCAACAAAGAUUGCUCCAACAGUAGUGUCUUACUACAUCCAACAGACUGUACAAGGAGGAGCCUGAGCCCUGGAGAACAGUGAGUGGUAGCUGCAAGUUCCUCCUGUCGUCAGCGAACUGCCCGGGAUUCUGUCCUGUCCUGACUGAUAACCCUGUGGGAAGAUGGAUGGAAAGAAAGUGCAGCCCGGAGAGAAUGCCAUGAUAUAAAGUCACUCUACUCCAUGGAUGAUACGGAGGAUGUGAAUUUGUCCUACAGAUGUAUAUUUGAAGAAGAUUUCAAGUAUAUUCUCCUGCCUGUGUCCUAUGGACUCGUAUUCGUCUUUGGCUUCAUCCUUAACGUCCUGGCCCUCUACAUCUUCAUAUUCCAGAUCCGGCCAUGGAAGGUAGUCAACAUCUUCAUGUUCAACCUGGCACUGUCAGACUUGCUGUACGUCCUGUCCCUGCCGCUGCUGGCCUACUAUUACUCCAGAGCUAACGACUGGCCCUUCACCGAACCCUUGUGCAAGCUGGUCCGUUUCCUCUUCUACACCAGUCUAUACUGCAGCAUCCUCUUCUUACUGUGCAUCAGCAUCUAUCGCUUCCUGGCCGUUUGCUACCCCAUCAGGUUUCUAAGCUGGGGCCAGAUCCGCUACGCCAGGAUAGCUUCUGUCUGUAUCUGGGUAACCAUCGUCAUCAUGCAGUCUCCCACGUUGUACUUUGUAUCCACCAGUCGUAGUGACAACAGCACCGUCUGCCACGACACCUCCAACAUCGAGUUGUUUGACCAGUUUGUCAUCUACAGCACGGUGAACCUAUCUUUGCUCUUUUGCGUUCCCUUCACCAUCAUCCUCGUUUGCAAUUGCUACAUGAUAUAUGUGCUUAUAAGGCCAACGGAAUCCACCUCCCAGACAUCGAAGUCCAAGAAGAAGUCUAUCAAGAUCAUCAUCACGGUCCUGCUGGUCUUCAUCACCUGCUUCUUGCCAUUUCAUGUCACCCGAACUCUGUACUACUACUACCGCAUAGUGGAUACUGCACCCUGCCCCACUUUAGAUGCGGUCAAUGCAGCCUACAAGUCAACACGACCCCUGGCCAGUGUCAACAGCUGUAUAGACCCAGUAUUGUACUUUUUGGUGUGGAGGUUCAGGUUACACAGAAACCAGUGAGACUGGUGAGAACUGUACAGACUGCUGCCUUGGUGACCACCACUACUACCGUCGUCAUCAUUGCUUAUUUAUAAGACACCACAAAACGCUGCUGUGCUGGACAAUGGUGGUGAUGUCUCAAUCAUUGAAGAGAGUGGAAAAGUGGACCAGUGGCAUCUACCUAUAAGUUCAAAGUAUGUUCUUGACAAAUGUUUACUCAAAGCAGAUUGGUUGAAAUGGGCAACACUGUUCCACUUCUCAACCCUUUUCACUCCUUGAUACAUUAACCCCUUGGUUAUUCUUGAUCAUUUUACAUGAUAUAAGAUUUCCCAGCUCAUUAUUGAGUUAUGCACCAAUUUGGAUCACACUACAAGAAUUUACAUGUCCUAGAAUAUCCCAGUUGCAACGUUCUGCAAUCAAUAGUCAGCGCCACCUGCUAGCUGGAGGUGGUACUGCAGUUUUAGGUUUCUUUACGGAAAAUCCUGUGAAUUGUUUCUUACAGUAUGUAAGUUUGUUUAUAAAGUAAAUGAUCAUUCACAAAAAAUGUGGCACUUACCCUAUAAUAAAAAAAUGUUAAAUGUA